CUCGCGCACACGUGCAGCACCCACGUGGACAUUCUAGAAACUUCGUUGCAUCAUAUAUCGACAGCUUGUAGUCCGAGUUCUUGCGACUGAGAAAUGGCAGGAGUGUUGAAGAGAUUCAUUCCUUUAUUCGAUCGAGUGCUUGUCGAAAAAUUUACUCCGUUGACGACGUCCAAAGGAGGUCUACUAAUCCCAGAAUCCUCUCAAGCCAAAGUUCCACAGGGCGUCGUUGUUGCUGUAGGAGAAGGAGCCAGAAAUGACAAUGGAACGAUACAACCAAUGAGUGUUGCAGUUGGUGAAACCGUUCUUCUUCCAGAAUGGGGAGGCACUAAGAUAGACCUUGAUGAGCAGGAGUACUUCAUAUACAAGGAGAGCGAAUUCUUAGGAAAGUUCAAGCCAGACAGUUGACUCAUUGAGGUUAUGGCCAUUUCUUCCUGAAGUAGUUAUAGUUAGACUGUCAAUCUCUUGAACAUGAUGGCUCUUGUUUUGUUGUAAA